ACAAUGACAACUAAUCAGAGCUAAUUUUGCUACGUAGCUAUCCUUGCGCGCUGUGACUAUUCUCGCUGGCUUGAUCGUUGAUCUAAAUUGAUCAAAAAUGGAUCUUGACGGGUUUUUGAAUCACAAUAGCAGCUCAACGCCUGUAUCCAAUUCAGCGGGAGGUGCUUACUCGCCUUCUUCGCCCAUUAAUUCUGCAUCGCACCACCAAACAGCUUCAAACAAUCCAUCAAAUGGACUGAAUUUCAAUCCGAACAACAACAGUCCGCUCAGUGCCAUGUUUCCGACCUUGACUUCAUCGGCCGUUUCCCCUGUAUCGCCAUUGGCUUCUAACAAUCCGAACUCCUCCAACAUAGGGGCACCAUCUGCACACAGCGGUGGACUGAACUCGGCACCCAUUCAUCCGUUAUCGAACACUCCCUCUGGAUCGUACAGUUUAACCCAGGGAUACAAUGUACCGGGGCCUAAAACUAGUGGCCCUAGGGCGAGUGGUCAUUCGUCACGCGGUUUGUCCAGUGGCUGCGGUUUUACGGGCAACAGCAAUAUUUCAAAUCAAUGCCACCCGUUUCUGCCUGGUAGUCCAGCCUCUCACAGCUCGUGCUAUGGCAAGCUAUCUGGAAAUUCCACCAAUUUGGCGGGAACAGCCAAUGCAUUAAGUUCUUCCUCACAAGAAACUGCAAAUUUCCAUGAAGUAGCAACAGAUGACGUCUUUAAGAGUCUACUGGAAAUGUACCGACAGGAGGUCUUGUGUGACGUAGAAUUGGUCGUCGGGUCACAUCGCAUUAUGGCACACAAGGUUAUUCUAGCCGCCACUUCACCUUAUUUCAGAGCCAUGUUCAGUGGGAAUAUGCGAGAGAGCAGCGAAUCGGUGGUGGAGUUGCAUGGAAUCGAAGGAGACGCAGUGCGACUGCUGAUCGACUUCGUCUACACACACGAGAUCUCUCUGUCUACUCACAACAUAUUCUGUGUGCUCUGUGCUGCCAACCAGCUCUCCUUCCUACAAGUCAUAGAGGCCUGCACCAAGUUUCUCAAGCACGGCAUGAACUUCAAUAACUGCGUCAUCAUCAGGAAUUGGGCUGAACACCUGAAUAUUGGCUCUCUCAUUGAAGCUUCGGACCAGUUCAUUUGCAAUAACUUCCUCCAGAUCUCAGGCAGUCCAGAAGAUUUCUCUCAACUUCCACUCAACGCAAUCAAAGCACUUGUCUCAAGUCCCUCCUUGAAUAUCACGUGUGAGACGGAGGUGUUUGAGGCGGUGAUGCAGUGGGUGAAGGCCGAAUUGGACGCCCGAAGUGAGCACCUGCUGGGUCUGAUGAAGGAAGUGCGACUGGCCAUGAUGCCCAAACAUUACCUCAUAGCCACUGUCGAGGCAGACCCCACCUUCCACCAGGACCAGGGGUGUCGUGAGCUGCUGAACCAAGCGAAGAGUUACCACCUGCUGGAAAGUAGCAGAGGAGUAGGGGCACUGGGACUGGGCAUGCAUCCGGACAAGAUCAUCCCCAGGCAUGCAACUGCUGGGGUGUUGUUCUGUAUUGGGGGCAGAGGUGCUACCGGGGACCCCUUCAGGACGACGGAAGUGUACAACCCACUGAGUAGGAAGUGGUUCCACAUAGCCGAGAUGAGCACCAAGCGCAGACAUGUAGGAGUGUGCAGCAUAGGCGGCAAGGUGUAUGCAGCAGGUGGCCAUGACGGGAAGAGACAUCUGAAGAGUGUGGAGAUGUAUGACACUCAGUGUGGACAGUGGACCAUGCUCAGUCCCAUGCAGACGCACAGACGUGGGCUGGCGGUGGUGUCAUUGGGAAGUGCCAUGUUCGCAGUGGGGGGUCUGGACGACUCCUCGUGCUUCGACACAGUGGAGAGAUACGACACCCUGGAGGACCAGUGGACCCCUGUAGCCAGCAUGAACCACAGGCGGGGAGGGGCCGGACUAGUGGCACUGGAGGGUAACCUGUAUGCAAUUGGUGGCAAUGACGGAGUCAGUUCUCUCAGCUGCUGUGAGAAGUAUGACCCCUACCUGAACAAGUGGACUGAGAUCAGCAGCAUGACUGUGAGACGAGCAGGCGCUGGAAUUGCAGUGUACGGAGGACGCAUAUUCGCAGCAGGUGGCUUCGAUGACAACGCACCCCUGAAGUGUGUGGAGUGUUUCGACCCCGAGAAGAACGCAUGGCAGUCUCUGGCCCCCAUGCUGUCCAGCAGGGGCGGAGUCGGACUCGCGUGUCUAGGGGGCAAGCUGUACGCAGUCGGGGGCCAUGACGGGAGCAACUACCUGGACACAGUGGAGACAUAUGACCCCCUGAGGGAUGUGUGGGAGCAGAGUAGUGACAUCAAUGUGCCCCGGGCGGGGGCGGGGGUGGUGUCUGUGAACUGUCUCGUUUCCCAACUGCAAGAGAUCAGCCACAAAGUCACCAAUGUGCAGAGUUAUGUCUAAAAUACCAGAACAUGUUCUCGAAAGCGAGCUGCAUCUAACGAACAAGUAACAUUUGUACAGAACUGAAACUGACAAUACCCAACCACGCAUGUACAUACUGGGAAGCAAAUGGCUAGGAGCUCCAAACGGAAAGGAAGACAUACAAAUCAAUGAGAACUUCGUAGCUGGAGAUAAAAGUGUACAGCAGUGUUGUGUUGCGGAAGGUAGAUGCAUACAAUUCAAUACAAAAUAAUUGGAGUUGCCUCAGUCGAGAAUAAAAGAUAUCAGUUGGGAACAUUGAAUUGGAAAUGAAACAAAAAGUGAAUUUUCUGCUCCUUCAAACUUUACUAGCCAUUUAAAAUAUAACUUGUUGUCUAUGUAUCUCAAAACUUAUAAAAUAGUGUAGAAAGUUAGUUUCAUAUCAUGGAAUGGAAAUAUUUUUCAGAACUCAACGCUGGAUAAGUUGCUGAUUGAUUUAAUGAUAAUUUUGUUUUCUUGGGUAGAAUAAUUUUCACAUUUAGUGUUAAGAAGGCUUUCAUCUUUCGCUGUAAAGAAAUUUUUAUCUCAAAA